AUGGAGCCUCUGCCCAGCGGCGACUACUGUGACCUGGGUGCAUACUGUGACCCCGACUACUACUGGCUGGGGAUGCAAGAAGUGGAAAUCAGAUCUGAACCUGUGCAGGACGCGGCCCCAGACGCCAAAGAAGACGGCCACAUUGAUGACGGCAGUCUAGUCCCCGUGGGCAACAAUAACCCCCAGGGCGGUGUCAGCUAUGCCAACUCUGGAGGCGACAUCAACCGUGAAGGCGUGGCGAACCGUGACGGCGAAGGGAACCACGAGGCCAGCGGUGUCGUCCAGGCGCUGGGGCAGCAGCACGCUGAAGGGCCACCCCAAGUGGCAGCCGCUGGGGCUCGUCAGCCCCACGGCAGGCAGCAGGGAGCCCCGCGCUCUAAGUUCACGGCAUUUCAGGUGCAGGAGCUGGAAAGCGUUUUCCAGCGCACUCAAUACCCUGACGUGGCCACAAGAAGAGAACUUGCAAGCUGCAUGAAUGUGACCGAAACCAGAGUGCAGGUUUGGUUUAAGAACAGGAGAGCCAAGCUCAGGAGACAUGAGAGGGCAUCAAUGCCCACAACUACUCCACCUACUAACCUGGAACACCUGGUCAUCCUAAUGCUGGACGGGCCCUAG